CGGCUGAGAGGGUGACGUGUUGUCAGGAACAGUUUCUCUAUACAGUGAUCUCCAUCAUGUACUUCGUGACUAACGAUAAAAGGCGGACAGUGAAAUUCAAACAUUGGCUAUACUGUAGAACUGAAGCCAUGGACCAGGAGCCAACUAUGUGGAUAAAAAAAGAGGGAACAGAUGAAGUACAAACUGAGUUAUGCUUCAUGGCCCAAGUUUACCCAUGCAGCAUGAAUGUAAAAGAAGAGUUGGAGGAGGGUGCGAAUAAAGAGUUUCUUGAAGACCCAUUAAGGGCUGACGACCAUAGUGUUUGGGUAAAGCAAUAUCCCGAACUGAAACAACAUGCUGCUGGAUCUGAGCAUAAUUCUGUUGAAGAUCCAUUGGGAAUAUUUUGGUCCACUGAUUUCAUCAAGGAGGAUCCUGAAUUAAAUUUGGAAAUGAAUAUAACUGAGAAUACUGUGGGAACCUCAGCAAGAUACGAAUCUGAUAGUGCAAGAUUUACUCAGACUACUGGUGGGAGCUGCAGCAAAUCAUGUGAGGAAACUUGUCACCAUAGACUGGUCCAGGAAGAGUUGGUGAUAGACAUGGAGAAGUCAACACAUGGGUUCAGUACCAAUACAGAAGAUGUGACUGUUGAUAAGGAAUGCUCAGUUGCCACCCGAUAUGACUGCAGUACGAGGGAAAAGGAAUUACAUGUAUAUAGCUGUAAUUUCUGCCAACAGAGCUUUCCUUCAAAAUACAGACUCAUAAUGCAUAUGAGAAUGAGUGAGAAUUGUCAAUUUUUAACUGCUGACAGUCAUGAAAGAUAUGGCCAUAGUGAUGAGCAUCAAAGCAGUACCUUGUUGGAUAGCGAGCCAGAAGUUUCUGUCACACAGUACAGUGAGCAGUCGUCAUGUAAGAAAACUUGGAAAGUGUCAAAGAAGCCCUCUAACGACAUGUGUAACACACACAUGACAAAUGAUAGAGAGGAAAAAGGUAAUUAUGGAACUUCGUCUAUAGCUGUUAAUGUCAGUGCCCAGGCUGAUCUACUUACUGCAAACAGAACUGACAGAUGUGGUAUUUGUGGCAAAUUGUGUGCUAGGUCAGGUGAUCUCAAGAGACAUUGUUACAUUCAUACCGGGAAAAGGCUUCACAAAUGUGAUAUUUGUGACAAAUGGUUUGCCCGGUCAGGUAAUCUAAAGGCACAUAUGUUAAUUCACACUGGAAAGAAACCGCACAAAUGUGAGAUUUGUGGGAAAUCUUUCACGGUGUCAGGUAGUCUCAAGAAACACGUAUUACUUCACACUGGAAAGAAACCUCACAAGUGUGAGAUUUGUGGGAAAUGUUUUGCCUUGGCAAGCAGUCUCAAGAUACACACAUUAAUUCACACUGGAAUUAAACCUCAUACAUGUGAGUUUUGUGGGAAAUCUUUUACUAUGUUAAGUUAUCUCAAGAAACAUGUAUUAACCCACACUGGAAAGAAACCUCACAAAUGUAAAAUUUGUGUGAAAUCUUUUGCUAGGGGCCACCUUCUCAAGAGACACAUAUUAAUUCACACUGGAAAGAAACCUCACAAAUGUGAGAUUUGUGGGAAAUCUUUUGCUUGGUCAUAUAAUCUUAAGAUACAUUCAUUAAUUCACACUGGAAAGAAACCUCACAAAUGUGAGAUUUGUGGGAAAUCUUUUGCUAGGUCUGGUGAUCUCAAGCAACAUUCAUUAAUUCACUCUUUAAAGAAACCCCAUAAAUGCGAUAUUUGUGGGACAUCUUUUGCUUCGUCAGGAAAUCUCAGGAAACAUGUAUUAAUUCACAUCGGAAAGAAACCUCACAAAUGUGAGAUUUGCAACAAAUCGUUUGCCCAGUCACGUCAUCUCAAGCAACAUGGAUUAAUUCACACUGGACAGAAACCUCACAAAUGUGAGAUUUGUGGGAAAUCUUUUGCUAGGUCAGGCGUUCUCAAGCAACAUUCAUUAAUUCACACUGAAAAGAAACCCCACAAAUGCGAUAUUUGUGGCAAAUCGUUAGCCACAUCAGGUUCUCUCAAGAGACACACAAUAAUUCACACUGGAAAGAAACCUUACAAAUGUGAGAUUUGUGGGAAAUCUUUUGCCCAUUCAGGUCAUCUCGAGAGUCACAUAUUAAUUCACACUUUAAAGAAACUGCACAAUUGAGAUUUGUGGCAAAUCAUUUGCUAGAUCAGGUGAUCUCAAGACACAUACGUUAGAACACAUUAGGAGAACUCACAAAUGUGAUGUGACAAAAGUUUCAUUCAGGUGGGAACUCUUAAGACACAUGCACUACUUCACAUCAAAAAGAAAUUACGACAAAUAGAUUUUCCUGGUUGGUGCUCUAAAGGCCUAUAAAACAAUGGAUGUGGCAGGGGGACAGUAAAUUGCAUUGCCUGUGAAAUAAAAUUAAAAUGUGGUAGGAUUGUGAAAAAAUGUGCAAUAAUGUGACAAUAUAUAAAUCCGUAUCUGCCACUUUACAUGUCAAGAAAUGGUAAUCCUAAAUACUCCAGAAACAUGAAUCAAAUGUGUUUUUGUCAUUAGCACUGCUGCUUUUUCCUAUAGAUCUUGAGACAAGAAGAUUGUGAAUUCUGAUAGAUCCUUAAAUUUGUCAGUGAUCAUAAGUACUAUGCAAUAUUCAGUAUAAGGCCAAGGUAAUGUGAUGACUUGCUGUUUAUUAUUCCAAACAAAGUCAUCAUGUAGUACUUGUAUCUAUGUAUUUUAGAAACAGUGAUAGUAAAAAUA